AUGUCUCUCCCAACCCUCACCCUCCGCCGCACCACGAGCUCCCUCCCCAGCACCUCCACCCUCCCCAUAACCUCCAGCAUAACCCAACAAAUCCGCCACGCCACGCUCCUAAAACGUCCCAUCCGUCCCUACACCUUUACGCAACUCAUUACUCUCUCGGAUGGAUCGGCCUACCUUACCCGUUCGACCUCCCCAGCACCAAUUUAUCGCAGUACAAAAGAUACACGGAAUCAUCCUUUAUGGCAACCUUCAUUGGAUUCACUGAGGAAUGUUGAGAAUGAUGAGGCGGGGCGAUUGAGUGCUUUUAGGGAGAGGUUUGGAGGAGGAUGGGAUGGGGAUAUGGAGAAGGCCGAAGGAGAGAAGAAGAUCCUGGCAGGGAAGGGAGAUGUGAAGGAGGAUAUUGUAGAGAAGCCGGCUCCUAUGGACAGUUUGAUGGAUCUGAUUAGUGGAGGAAGUCAAAGGGAUGGUACGAGUAUGAAGGGGGCUGUUAGGACGAAGAGUGGGAAGACUGGUAAAUAG